AUGCCGAAUAUCAAAAUCUUCAGCGGCAGCUCCCAUCAGGACUUGGCCCGGAAAAUUGCUGACCACCUGGGCCUGGAGCUAGGCGAGGUGGUGACUAAGAAAUUCAGCAACCAGGAGACCUGCGUGGAAAUUGGCGAAAGUGUACGUGGAGAGGAUGUCUACAUCGUUCAGAGUGGCUGUGGCGAAAUUAACGACCAUCUCAUGGAGCUUUUGAUCAUGAUCAGUGCCUGCAAGACGGCUUCAGCCAGCCAGGUUACCGCGGUCAUGCCGUGCUUCCCUUACUCCCGGCAGGAUAAGAAGGAGAAGAGCCGCGCUCCGAUCUCAGCCAAGCUUGUUGCAAACAUGCUGUCUGUAGCAGGCGCGGAUCAUAUCAUCACCAUGGACCUGCAUGCUUCUCAAAUUCAGGGCUUUUUUGAUAUCCCUGUGGAUAAUUUGUACGCAGAGCCAGCUGUCCUGAAGUGGAUAAAGGAGAACAUUCCUGAGUGGAAAAGCUGUACUAUCGUCUCACCCGAUGCUGGAGGAGCAAAGAGAGUGACCUCCAUCGCAGACCGGUUGAAUGUGGACUUUGCCCUGAUUCACAAAGAACGGAAGAAGGCCAAUGAAGUGGACCGCAUGGUGCUGGUGGGAGACGUGAAGGAUCGGGUGGCCAUCCUAGUGGAUGACAUGGCUGACACUUGCGGCACAAUCUGCCAUGCAGCUGGCAAACUUCUCUCCGCUGGAGCCACCAGAGUUUAUGCCAUCUUGACGCAUGGAAUCUUUUCUGGCCCAGCCAUUUCUCGCAUCAACAACACGUGCUUUGAAGCAGUAGUGGUCACCAACACCAUACCUCAGGAGGAUAAGAUGAAGCUUUGCUCCAAAAUACAGGUGAUCGACAUCUCCAUGAUCCUUGCAGAAGCCAUCAGGAGAACUCACCAUGGGGAAUCUGUUUCCUAUCUCUUCAGCCAUGUGCCUUUAUAAUAGAGUAACUUCUGAGACCUUUAAAAAAUAAACCGACCCUAGCCCAUUGUUUUCCCUUGGUAUUUGAUGAAAAAUACAGCAGAAGACCCAGCUUGCUCCAGUAGCUUUCUACAUCCCAUAUCAGGUAUAUUAGUGCUUCUCCAAAAUGAAGGAACUGCCCGGAUUUCCUACCUGCAUUUUCUCAUUCUAGCAUGUUUGAUUUUGUGAGCCUUGCAGCUUUAACUAUAGCUCCAAUGCUGCAAGAUUUCAGACUUUCAAGUGUGUUAUGUGGGGGUGUUUGAAUGUGAUUGGGAAAGCUCAAUCUACUUUGCAUGUGAAUGCUUCAGGGUUUCCUUGG